UCCCGACGUUAUAUCGCCCACGGGAGAUAUUCUCCAGUCGCCAUUCUAUCAUUAUCUCGUUAGCAAGCCUAUUUGUAUUUUCUUCCUAGUGGCAUUUGGGACUUCUACAGCAUUACACUUCGGCCAAUCGAUCUGGUAUCGAAUGUGGUGGUUGAUGCCCACGGUUGUUUUGUGUGGCAUUGGCGAGUUGAUAGGAUGGGGCGGUCGUUUGUGGUCGGCCAUUAGCCCUCUUGAGAAUAAUCCAUUUUUGAUUCAGAUUGUAUGCACAAUCAUCGCUCCCACACCCUUCCUGGCUGCCAUCUUCAUAACUUUCGCUCGCCUCACGAAGCGACUAGGCGUACAAUAUAGUCGACUUUCUCCACGUCUAUACUCGAGGAUAUUUCUGACUUGUGAUAUCAUCUCCCUCAUUGUUCAAGCAGCUGGUGGAGGCUUGGCUGCAUCUGCCAAUGAUGACGCAGGAAGCAACUUGGGAGCGAAUAUCAUGUUGGGCGGCAUCAUCUUUCAACUCGUCUCCCUUAUUAUUUUCGUUACAUUGGCGUCGGAGUAUCUCCUUCGUUAUAUCCAUGAUCGCCCAUUCCUUCGAUUCGCACAAAAGAACGCAUCUGACACUGAGGUGUACAAGAACGGACGAAGCGAAUGGGAUACAAGGAUCAAGGUUUUAGUAGGAGGAUUGACAUUCAUCUGUCUCUGCAUCUUCAUCCGAUCCAUUUAUCGGACUAUCGAACUUGCUGAUGGCUGGGAAGGUAGAGUCAUCUCCACCCAAAUAUACUUCAACGCAUUGGAUGGUGCCAUGAUCUGGAUUUCAAUGCUCGCGUACAACAUCUGUCACCCAGGGCUUCUUUUGAGGACUGACCUAUCGCAUGAAGACACCAUUAGGAUGGAUUCCGGAUUCCUUCCAAGCUCGGAAACUCUCCCCCGGAGAAAUAGAAAAUGAAAUCCUCAAUGGCUACCGCGCUCUCCUUUUUUCUUCUCGGGACUACCGGACGGACAUCCACGGACUUGACAUAUAGUAGUUUUAUUGUACUUCGAACAGGGGCUCGGCGUAUAAUUGGAGGACUGCUCUUGCUCCCCUUAGUAGAAGUCGAAGCCGAGCGAUAGAGUAGCGGAACGCGACGUAAUGUCCGUUGAAUGUUUGCUCGCUUUCCUUUUUGCAUUAUUGUCCUCGAGGGCUGCGCCCUAUGGUAGACAACAAGAUGGACUGUAGACCCUGCC